AUGGGUAGUUCCGGACCUAGUGCUUCUACUUCUAUGUAUACUUCCACUAUUGAUCCUUCUUCUCCCUUGUUCCUCUCAUCUUCCAAUGUUCCUGGUAUUUUCCUCAUUGUACCAUUCUCGGGGGUUGGAUUUAGAGGAUGGAAACGUAUUAUGAUAGUCUCAUUAUCUGCUAGAAAUAAAAUGGGAUUCAUUGAUGGGUCAUGCAUCAAACCUACUGAAAACUCUUCUCAAUAUAGGCAAUGGGAUCGUUGUAAUAAUAUGGUCAUUUUAUGGUUGACUCAUUCUUUGUCACCUGAUAUUGCUGAAAGUGUACAGUACUCAGAAAUUGAUGAAAGAUCUCUUGAUAUUGCCUCAUAUUUCAACAAACUCAAUAAGGUUUGGGAUGAACUGGGGGUUAUGUACACCACUCAUGCAAAUCCAUGUGUUUGUGCUGCAAAAGAAGGCCUUCAAAGGAAGAAAGAGGAGGACAAUGUCCAUCAAUUUCUCAUGGGACUGAAUGAGGUGUAUGUAGGGGUUAGGAGCAAUAUGUUGAUGAUGCAACCCCUGCCAUCUCUUGACAGUGUGUAUAAUAUUCUUCUACAAGAUGAAAAGCAGAGACAAGUGAACCCAAAUCCUUCUUUUCAAUCUGAGUCAGCCUCCUUCAAUGUGAAUUCCUCUUUUAAUAAAUCCAUUCAACCUCACUUUCAGCAAAAGCAGAUCAAUCCUCAAGCCCAAGAACAAUUUCAUCAAAGAGUGAAUUUUGAUCAGCCUAGAAAUGUUGUUUUCUGUAAGUAUUGCAAGAAACCUGCGCAAAUGGUUGAAAAUUGUUACAAAUUUAUUGGGUUUCCCUCUAAUUUCAAGCUCACCAAAGGAAGAAAGGGAGCAUCUAAUAUGGUUGAGAAUUCUGAUCUUCCUCAUUUUGAAUGUGUUCCUGCUACCCAGCCCACAUAG